GCCGGCCGGCGCUGGGGUCCGGGCUGACGCGCCGUUGCCGUGGAGACGCCCGGAGAUCUGUGGACUGGUGCAACCAUCGCCCGUGAUAGGAGUGAUGCUGCGUGGCAGUGCUGAGUCUCUCUGAAUAUGAUUCGAAUUGCAGCCUUAAAUGCCAGCUCCACCGUUGAGGAUGAUCAUGAAGGAAGCUUUAAAAGUCACAAGACCCAGACAAAGGAGGCCCAGGAAGCAGAGGCUUUUGCCUUGUACCAUAAGGCCCUGGAUCUGCAGAAACAUGACCGGUUUGAGGAGUCUGCCAAAGCCUACCAUGAGCUCCUGGAGGCGCGCCUGCUGCGGGAGAAUGUAGUGGCGUCAUCAUAGCUCCCUGC